AUGGUCGGUCGACCGGUUUUUGCUUGGAUUUCGGUGAUAUGGGCGAUUUUGCUGGUCCAGACGACGCUCGCCGCCAGCGUCUUUAUCCCCGCGACGAGCUCGCUAUUUCAAUACGAUCAAGAAUGGAAAAAUGCGACGUCUGAUCCGACGAUUAUGACCGCUACGAACAGCGGCUCGUUUUAUUUUCUCUUUCGUGGUUUCAACUUUAGUAUUCACUUUUCGCCGCCUUAUGAAGGUGAUAUGGGCCUCUGGUUUAAUGGGAACCAAUACGUGAAUCUAUCCGACGUAUACCGGACCGGCAAUACGAGAGAGUCAAGUUUCAAGCCUGGAUUGGCCGAAUAUUUUGUUCAGGGUUCAGAUGAAGACCAUCAAAUCCACUUCUCCUAUACCAACACGAAUGCGAGCGACGUAUUUGGGUUUGGUGGCCUCACAAUUGGCACUUCUGGUGAUACCUACAUAGCCCCGAAUAUGUACGGUAUCUCUGCGACGGUGGCACCGUUGGAUCGGCAUAUCAUGGACAAUACCGCUCUCAACUACUCUACGGGAGACUGGAAACUGUCGAGGAAUGCUUCGUUUGCAUAUGGUCAAACUUUGGCGUCUACAAAUGUUGUUGGCGCAAGUGUCUCUUUGACGUUUACGCAAGACGUGUCGACUCUCUGGCUGUUUGGAACUCUUUCGAGGGAAGGCGCGACGUUGAAUAUUACGUUUCCUUCAAACAACCAGAUUACCUAUCUCAACAAUUACGGAAUUCGGAGGUCGUAUCUCAACGAUAGCUUGGUGCAGGCCAUACUCUGGUCAUCUGGUCAAAUGUCCGUCACGCCAGGGAGCACAAUGAAUAUCACGCUUGCUGGUGGGACGUUUGAUCUCGAUUACAUUUUAUACUCGACGCCAUCCGUCAAGGGCAAAUCCUGGGGUCUCUAUAUAACCGUUAUCGUAAUAGGGGCGCUGUUCACGCUGUUUGGCCUAAGCGGAUUGAUAUUCUGGCGAUGGAAACGGCAAAAGAAGCGAAAGAAAUCAAGAAACGUGGAUCGAAAAGGAGUGCUCUCCGGCGGGAUUGACGAAAUGCCUCUGCGGUCACCGAUAGAUAGUAGCGUGGCUAUAUCUCAGGAAGAUAUCAACUUCAUGCAGCCUCCAGUUGCAGAGUCGGUCGAUCCUCCGACCGUCGCCCUUCGAACGAUUGGGCUGCCGAGGGUGGAGAAUCCAACGACACCAUCUCCCGCGUACGAGUCGAGACCGACGGGAACUCAUUCGUCGCGGAGCACACAUGUCACCUCCUCUGUGGCGACGACGCCUUCUGUGGUUGCAACAGAGCAAGAGGUGUUGCCUGCAUGGAGUCCGCCCCCACCAUCGUAUUUGACCGUUUCCGAACUGGUGAGCGAAGCUCGGAGGGGGAUGAUACCGUUGGACCAGGAGACGCUAGAACGGCUGUUUGAGCGUGUCAUGGUGUUGAGGAGAGAAGGCCGGUCGUCGGCGGCGUGGAUAAAUCGACCGGGGGGUGGAUUGGGCUUCCAUGCAAACCCGACUGGGGAUACGAUUGUGGAAGAGGAAGAGGUGGAUGAAUUGGAGGCGCUCGCGAGGCGAAUUGCAGGCAUUGAGACGAUGCCGUCGCCGAUGCCACUGAGCACAAAGCGGUGA